AUGACAUCUAUCACCGACGACGACGCCUAUGAACGUGAGCGUUCCGUGGCCGAGGCUGCCGUCCUGCGCGCCGCCCUCCUCACCAACAAGGUGCAGUCGUCGGUCAGGACCAUAUCCAAGGAAGACAAGUCGCCUGUGACGGUGGCCGACUUCGCCGCGCAGGCUCUUCUCAUCGCCGCCCUGCGCCAGGCCUUCCCCGACGACGGCUUCUUGGGCGAGGAGGACGCCGACCAGCUGCGGCGGGACCCGGGGCUCGUAUCGUCCGUCUACGGGCUCGUAUCUUCCCCUCCUGCCGUGGCCCGGCCUGACGUGAACCGGCCGGGCGGGAAACGGGACGGGAGACGGGAGGGGGAGGGGGAGGGAUCGCUCCUGCUCGCCUCCCCGACGUCGGUGGAGGAUACCCUCUCCCUGAUCGACAUGGGCGGGCGCGGCGAGGGAGGGCCCCAGGGUCGCUUCUGGGUCAUGGACCCGGUCGACGGGACGAAGACGUUCCUGCGCCGCCAGCAGUACGCCGUCUCGCUGGCCCUCAUCGAGGACGGCCGCGAGGUCGUCGGCGUGCUGUGCUGCCCCAACCUGCGCGUCGGGGACGACGGCCGCGUCCGGGAGGACGCCGUCGACGAGCACGGCCUGGGCGUGAUGCUCUCCGCCGUGCGGGGGAGGGGCGUCUCCGUGCGGGACCUCUCCACCAUCGAGCCGCCCAAGGCUGAGGGCGCCGACGCCGACGCCGUCGUCGUCUACGGUCUGCCCGCUCCGGAACCGCUCGCCAGGCUAGUCGCGACCGAGGACGUGAGCAGGCUCCACGUCGUCGACUCGCCGCUCAGCACCGCCAUCCGCCACGACGUCGUCCACCGCCUCGCCGCCCAGGUCGGCGCCCCGUACCCGGGUACCGACGUCUGGUCCUCGCACAUGCGGUACGCGGCCCUCAUCCUCGGCGGGGCGGACUGCCAGGUGCGCGUGCCCGCCGAGCGCCGCAACGCCGACGGAUCCCCCGCCCCGCCCCCGAACGUCUGCAUCUGGGACCACGCCGGCGCCCAGCUCAUCUUCUCCGAGGCCGGGGGCGUCAUCCGGGACCUCGACGGGCUCCCCAUCAACUUUGGCGCGGGGAGGUACCUGUCUAGCAAUAGGGACAAGGAAAAAAAACAGUUCUGCUGA